UCCCUGCUCGCUCCGUCUGGCAGACCCCCCGCUCCAUUCCGCACGCUGGCGCUUCUCGCGAGAUCUGGGGGAUGCCGACGUUACUGCUGCUGCCGCCGCCACCGCUGCCGCCUUGGAGUGGGAGACACUGUCGGCGGGGGGGGGUGGGGAGCCAGUGACGUCGGGAGUUUUCCUCAAAGUCAAUAACGAACCUGGCGAAGGAGGCGGCAGGAAUCGAGCCGAGCGCUGGGGCCCGGGCCGCUCCGGGUGUAUUCAGUUGGGGAAGAGCUGCCGCCGCUCCUAACUCCCUGGAUGCUGCGGCCGAGCUGCCCGGGCGGGCGCCUCCCUAAAUAGCGGGACAGCCACUAUCGAUGUAGCCGCCGCCCCGCCUGCAUCUGUCAGAGUGGCGCCAGCUGGAGUGGAAACCUUCGCAAACCCAACACCAAGGUAGACCGCCGUAGCCGUGAAGGACUCACCCCCGGCAGGGGGGACAAGGGAGGAGAGAUCGUGGGCGCCCCCCUGCCCGGAGACCCGCUUCCAAGCCAACGGCCGGCACCAGCCACCCUCGCCUUUUGCUGCAGGCUGCUUUAAAAUAUUGGAAAGUCAGAAGAAUAAAGGAACUCUAAAAGUAAUACUGCAAAAUAUUCUUUAAUCUGAAGGCUCAGUAGAGCCAUCAUGAGCGAUGUUACAAUUGUGAAAGAAGGCUGGGUUCAAAAAAGAGGAGAAUACAUAAAAAAUUGGAGGCCAAGAUACUUCUUAUUGAAGACAGAUGGCUCCUUCAUAGGAUAUAAGGAGAAGCCGCAAGAUGUGGAUCUACCAUAUCCUCUUAACAACUUUUCAGUAGCAAAAUGCCAACUAAUGAAAACAGAGCGACCAAAACCGAACACAUUUAUUAUUCGAUGUCUUCAAUGGACCACUGUGAUAGAAAGAACAUUUCAUGUAGAUACUCCAGAAGAACGGGAAGAAUGGACAGAAGCCAUCCAAGGAGUAGCAGACAGACUUCAGAGGCAAGAAGAGGAAAGAAUGAAUUGCAGCCCAACAUCCCAGAUUGAUAAUAUUGGAGAGGAAGAGAUGGAUGCCUCGACGACCCACCAUAAAAGAAAGACAAUGAAUGAUUUUGAUUACUUAAAACUACUUGGCAAAGGCACUUUUGGCAAAGUUAUUCUGGUCCGGGAGAAGGCAAGUGGGAAAUAUUAUGCUAUGAAAAUUUUAAAAAAGGAAGUUAUUAUUGCAAAGGAUGAAGUGGCUCACACACUUACAGAAAGUAGAGUAUUGAAAAACACUAGGCAUCCUUUUCUAACAUCUUUGAAAUAUUCAUUCCAGACCCAAGGAUCGACUAUGUUUUGUGAUGGAAUAGUCAAUGGAGGAGAGCUGUUUUUCCAUUUGUCGAGAGAGCGGGUGUUCUCUGAGGAUCGCACACGCUUCUAUGGUGCAGAAAUUGUGUCUGCUUUGGACUAUCUGCAUUCUGGAAAGAUUGUAUAUCGUGAUCUCAAGUUAGAAAAUCUAAUGCUGGAUAAAGAUGGACACAUAAAAAUUACAGAUUUUGGACUUUGUAAAGAAGGAAUCACAGAUGCAGCUACUAUGAAAACAUUCUGUGGUACUCCAGAAUAUUUGGCUCCAGAGGUUUUGGAAGACAAUGAUUAUGGUCGUGCAGUGGAUUGGUGGGGCCUUGGAGUUGUUAUGUAUGAAAUGAUGUGUGGCAGAUUGCCAUUCUACAACCAGGAUCAUGAAAAACUUUUUGAACUCAUUCUAAUGGAAGAUAUAAAAUUUCCUCGAACUCUCUCAUCUGAUGCAAAAUCAUUGCUUUCAGGUCUCCUGAUAAAAGAUCCAAAUAAACGUCUUGGUGGAGGACCAGAUGAUGCUAAAGAAAUUAUGCGACACAGCUUCUUUGUUGGAAUAAAUUGGCAAGAUGUAUAUGAUAAAAAGCUUGUUCCUCCUUUUAAACCUCAAGUGACAUCUGAGACGGACACCAGAUACUUUGACGAAGAGUUUACUGCUCAAACUAUUACAAUAACGCCACCUGAAAAAUAUGAUGAAGAUGGCAUGGACUGCAUGGACAAUGAGAGACGACCACAUUUCCCUCAGUUUUCUUAUUCUGCAAGUGGCCGGGAAUAACUUCCUGUUUUGUAUUCCUGCUAUAGAGACAUACUCAAUUUAUCACUGAAAAUGAUUCCUGAACAUCACCACCAGUCCUUGUUAUUAUUUAGGAGAGCAGAGCACUUUCAGAAAUCAUUCCAAAUUGACCAAUUUCCUUUUUUGAUUAAUCAGCCUAUUUGGUUUAUCUGCAUGAGGUGUUACAUUGUUCUAAGUUGACCUGCGGUUACUGCUAUCUCAGCAUGAAAGUCAUAGCAAAAAGCAUUCCCCAGAUAUUAGAAGGCAAAUUCUCAGUUGCGUGGAUUUGUGCACAACUAGCUCUUAUUCUCUUGCCUUCCCAGAGCAGAGAUUAAAGGGCAUGCCGGUCUGUGAUACGGUUCUUGCUCCCUUCUAAAAUUAAUUCCAUUAAUUUGGAUGUUUUCGCAAGCUGAUUGGAGCUUGACAGAAUGAGGGAAUAUUACAAGGUGGUUGUGUACAUAUGCAAGCUUUUGGUAGAUGUAUGCCAUCACUUGAAUCAGUUUUACCUUUAACAUGUGGAUAAAAACAUUCAGGCUAAGGACCUAUAAUUGUGUGUGUGUAUGUGUGCGCGCGUGUACAUACACAUACUCACACACAAACACACACAGAUAGAUAGAUAUAUGUAUAAUUAUAUAUAAUUAUUUUUUAACUGUUGGAUACUACCCAAGAAGCAAAAAGUCUGGGAUUACCAAUUUCCCACUUAGACUUCCAUAUUCAUGUGCAAUUAUGGAGAAUGGGACAUUUAAAUGGAAGAAAUUAUCACAUAAAAGCAGCAAGUGAUGAUGUUUCAACCUCUUAUGAUUUGUGUCUUGUGCUUUCCUUUUUCUUCGUUGAUAUUCAUCACCCCUGGAGGCUGAAGAAUUUAGACAAGCUUAACAACAUUGCUUUUCACCAAAAUUUGUAUACUAAGGUAAACAAUUGUUUACCUUUUAUGUUUUUUUGAGUUUAUGAACUAGUUUUAUUUUCUUCAGAUGUUUUAAUUGAAUAUUUUGUUACACUUCAGUAGUAUUUAUUUUUUAGUGACAAUGAUUGUAUGUGUCAUGUUUGCAAUGCUGCUACAUCCUAGAAGAGGCUUGCAAUUUAUUUUAUAAUGUACAGAAGAACUGUACAAGCUGAACAAAAUAAUGCACUUUUUUCUAUAUGAAAAUGUUAAAAUUCUGAAAGUGUACCUUGUAUUUAGAAUUUGGUUUUUAUAGUUAAACUAUUUCAUUAUGAUCAAGAGAAAAAAAUCCCCAACCUAUGUAUCCCAAUUGUUUGCACAGUCUUUACUGAAGUUGAAUGUGGUAUAGAAGUUGGAUAACCUUCAAAAAUUUUAAGUUACCAAGGCCACAGUGAUUACAAGAAAUGCAUUGUAAAGUUUCAAACAUUUAGUUAGAUUGAUAGGAGUAUCUGUUUUAAAAUACCGUAUUAGUUCUAGCCAUGACAGAUGCAACAUUUUUAGUAAACCUAAUUCUCAAAAUAUUUAUUAAAUAGGAUGUUUGAAUAUUUAUUUUUUCAUUUAAAAGAUUUUAAAAAAUAAACAUGUGACGAAAGGCAAUUUAUGACAUGGCCCUUGGUGAUGGGAGUUGGGAUUUUCUAAAGGAGCUAGUAAGUGUAAUAGUGCAUGCCAGAUUAGCCCUGAAGGAUGAUCUGUGGGAUUAUAACUGAUGAUUCUUGACUUCAUUCUUUGUAACUCCUAUAAUCUUUUAAGCUCUUAUAUGACUUGUCUAAGUCUUAUGAAAACUGCCCUCAUGACUUUAAAAAAUAUUUACAUGCAAUUGUAUCCAUCUCUUGAUGCAGAAAAUGUACAUACUUUGAAGUAUCACUGCAGGCAGUGGAACGUGCUAGGGUUAUCAAGAGGCAUGUGGGCAUUUUAUUCAGGCAGCUAGGAUAAAUCUAUGCUUUAAAGAAAUAAGGUAAGUAUCAUUGUAUACUAUAGUAGGUCAGAAAUACUGUGUAUCUCUUGUGUGGAAUGAUUGUAGAAUAAGACAACAUCUGCAUUUAUUAAAAAUUGGGAAGCAGUAAGGAACAGACAGAAAGAAUGAGAAAUUUAGUUUAUGAUCAGUGUCUUAGUACUAUGUAUUAAAUACAAGUAUACUGUUUCUUUAAUAAUAGUUGAAGUAUUCUGAGUUCAGCAGUACUAAUAUGCAAAAAUUUAUUUGCUCUUCAGAUGGACAAGGAAGUUAAUUAGGACCACUUCUCUCCUUUUGCCAUGGAUAAAUAAGAGAAGUCAGGAGUCUCAUACUCCAAAUGAAUGAGGUCAUGUACUAUCAUCAUUUUCCUACUUGAAAUAUGCCAGCCCAAGCUAAUAAAAAAGCCUGACAUAUAUAAGAUACAUUUCUUCUCCUGUGCAGCCCUUAUAUAAAAGUCUGCACAUGGAUCAGUCUUGCUGGAUUGGAACAGGCAUGCUUUUUCACAGUUCAAAACAUUUAUUGAUUAAUGUGUGCUUGGACUAUUUUAGAUUACUCAUAAUUAUGUUACACAUAAUCAUUAAGAGGAUAUAGUUCAGUACUAAAGUAUAGAGCAGCCACAAUUGAACAGACUGUUUAGGGGAAAGGGGUAUUCAUUCAAUUUGAAUGUCCGUUAAACUCUCAGGUUGCCCUGCCUCCCACCAUCCACACCCCACUUUCCUUGCUCUCACUCCCCUUCCUAGAGAUGGACUACAGGAAAAAGCACUUUCAGAUACAGCCCUUCAAGGGAGGUAGUUGUUCCUAGCAUCAGUCUUUGGGAUGUUUGAUGACGCUUUUCUCUCUAGCUCCUCUAGCAGUGUUCAGAGCUGCAGGUGAGGGAAGGGGAAGGAGUCACAGCUGUUGCUCCUCCUCAGAGCACCUCCCCAGCCUUUUUUCCUCAGCUCAGCCCCACCGCUCCUCCUCUCAUCGUCUGCCAGGUUUUCUCAGCCCCUUUUCUCCUUGACCCUCCCAGGAACUCACCAUUAAGUAUCUACAAUAUACACCCACCUGACCAACCUUGCAUUUUCUGUCUCCCAGAAGUUAAACAGAAAGCAUAUCCAUUUUUGAGGGUUUAGCAGCAACUGCUGCCCAGACCAUUCCCCAAACAAGGGAGAAGUCUGUUAUUUUUGGAAUAUUGCCCACAUGGAAAUUUUGUUCAUUGUGUCUAAAGUCCAUUACUCCUGCACUAUUUGUGAUGGUCAAUGAUAAAUUAUUUUUGUAAACAUGCCAUUGGUCAGUCAGUAUAGAGGAAAAAACAUUCCAUGCAGUCCCAUUUUUACAUUAUAUAAAUAUUAUAUUUUACGUUCUAAAUCAUUAAUACUAUUUUUAUGAUGACUUGAUUUUUUUUAGUCAUAAUCCUAUCUGAUUAUAAUUGUUUCUACCCAUUGCUUUUUGAGUUUUGAUGUGUUGGCCAGGGAACAUAAUGUAGUAGAAUUAUGGAGAUUAAGAAAAAAUGAAAUCUUGAAAUACAUAAAAUAGAAUUUCUGUGAUCUUUUUUUUGGUUUUGUAUAAGGGAUAUUUUAUACAAGAUUCUAGAUUAGUAAAACUUGCUUAUUAAUAUGUUAUGAAAAACAACAUAGACCAGUUAUGCUAAUAUGGAAGAAAAUGAGUAGCUGUGUAUAAAGUGAGGCUAAUGUGUACUCUUUCUUAUCUGUUGAAUACCAAGCUGUCUCGUUUAGGAUGCUUGUUGCACCAAUAUUAGGUGAAUAAGGCUCAAUUCAGUUUUCCCGCUACACUCACUUUUUAACAGAGUUUUAGAUUUUUAACAAGGCUUCAAUGUCUCACCCUUUCUCAAUAUACAAUAUGGAUAUAUGAGAAUGUUAUUUAUAAAUAUUAACUCUUCUGAAUUCCUCCUGCCAACCAACCUAAUGUGCUAGUUCAGAAGAAAGUAGCUUUUGUCCAAAGGAUCAGAAAUAUAUCAUCUUGUUGUACAGGCAUGUUACCUGAAACAUUUGAAUGAUCCCAUCUGUAUUGCAGGGUGCAAACAUUGGGCUUCAGACAGAAUAUUUCAUCAUGAGUGCAGUAUUGACCAGGGGACACAUUGUAUUUUGUGCAACACUGAUGGGAUCAGGACAUUACUCCAAGAUCAUUCAUAUUCAAUAGUGAAUGGGCUCUACCAUUCUGAAGUAUUCAUUGCUUACAUCAUAGAUUACUUUUUAGAUCAUUACUAUAAAUGAAUACUUUGAUAACACUUUUUGCCGUUUGCUCUUUUUGGCAAAAUUCACAAAUGAAGUUAUAGAAGUAUCAUAGAGUUAGUCUUCAAACUUCUAGAUGAUCUCCUGAACAUUUAUGAGAUCAUUAAUGUCUUUCACCAUCCCCUGAAUUUUCAGACAAGGGCAGUGCUACUAUAUACACAAUAAAAUGUUUUAUGAAAAAAGUUAAACCAACUUUCAAUUUUGCUAUUUUCCUGAAAAGGAACUUGUAAUUUGAUGAAUAUGUGCUCAGCUGAACAAAAAACCAGCUUUCUUUUGGCACUAGAUGGCAACACUAAAACCAUGUGUCUUACGAACAAAAUCCAAAAUAUAGUGAUAUAUUCCUUUUAUAUUGAAGUGAUUAUAAUUAAUGAAAUUAAUUUAUUUUACCUGAAGUUUCAAAGAGCAGUGAACAAUACAAGCAAUGUGUGGUAUCGCAUUAGUUUCUUUGCAGACACAAUCCUACAGCUUUUUCAUUGUGAUAUCAGAGAUCUUUUCCUGGAAUCAGUGGGCUUGCACCAAACAGGUUCAGUACCAUGUAGUUUCUAUAUGUUAUAUAUUUCAUAUAAAGGACUUUAUGAUUCUGUUACUUCCCCAGUAGCCUUAUGGAUUAGGAUCUCAAAAAGAACUUGCACUUUUACAGCAUUUUGCUGAGAGCACUACGCUAACAUCCAGCCUCAAAGUAGGAAAUAAUAUUAAACCAAGUUCUGUAUGAGAUGAACCAGAAGAGCCUCUGCUAUUUUAACUCUUUAAUAUAUUGCAUUGUGUCUAUAUUGUGUCAUUGAGGAAAAGGGAUUAAUAGAUGGCCAUAUACAUUGAAUAAUUUUUGUUGUAUAUCUUUCCUUCAGGAGUUCAAAGUAGCAAAAAAGGAGUCUCUCCUCAUAUAAUCCUAUGAGAUAGGUUAGCUGAGAGAGUGUGACUGGCCUAUAGUAAUGACAGCCAUUGUCAGAAAGAAUUGACAAAUUCUGGGCGGAAAGAGAAGGCAACCUCUUUUCUACAUAAAAGACAGUAUUAUAGAAAGCCUUAUCAUAAUUUUCUCCAAAUCAAAUAGCAUCUGUCUUUUUAAAUCACAGAUUUGCCAUGGAAUUGCAAAUUAGUCCAUAUUAUAAAGAACAGAACUUUUGCCAUUUUGUAUAGAGAAAAUAUUUAAAAGUCAAUAUUUAAAUUGCCUCUGAAUUUAUAUAUUAUUAAUACUGGGCUGACAUCUGCUAGUGAACUAACAUUCCUAUCCUCCUUCCCUAAAUCUUUCUCAAAGGCUGGAAUGUAGCAAAUGCAUGCCUGCUCAUCUAAUGUUGGAUGCAGCCUACUAUAACACAUCCUGAUAAAUAAGUGGGGGGAAUCUCCAAAGUUGGCAUCCUAUUUUAUAUCAGUUGCCUGCAUUUAGUGUGUUGUCCACAGACCCAAGUCAGCACUAGAAGCUUUAUCCCCUUCCUUUCUUGUGCUAAGGAGGAUAGGAUGAUGGAAAUCGAAAGGCCUAAAUACUUGAAGCUCAUCAGAUUGGCUAAACUUGUCACAGCUUUAUAUCAUUUGGUUUGAUUUAAAGGCAAUUGGGAUUUGAAUUCAUGUUCCUAUAUGAAAUAAUCCUUCAGAAUGUGGCAGCUAGUCUUCCCAAGUAAUACAUCAGUAUUUUUUAAAAAAUAGAACUAACACUAUGGCCACAAUACAUUUGUAGCUUUUCUACUGUCUUACAGCCUUUUCUGAAUUUUGCUACCCUGACACAAGAGCUUUCAAGAAAUUGUAUUUUCAUUGUAUCUUGUUGGCUCCAGCUUAUACUUGCUUCCAGGACAUGAUGUCCUCUUAACACUGCAGCCAUCUUGACGACAUCAAAGACUUUGGUUUAUAUCUGGAUAAUUUUUGCACACAGCUUUGCUUCCCAUCAUGAUUCUUCCAAUACAUUUUGCUCAUUGCAGAGUAUUGUUUUAUACUUUUUUUUUCUUUUUGAAUGGGGGAAGGUGUCACUUCUUGAAGCUGGCAGUUCUUGCACAGGCCAUGUGCUUCUGCUGGAGUGAAAAAAUGUAAGCUUUCCUUACUAUGUGCAGGGUCUCUAUAUUACACCUCAAUGUACAAUUUUGCUGCUACUGUUUGUACUGUCUACAGUAGAAUUUCCUUAUCUUGAUCCUGGUAGUGCAUUUACAGGUAAGCAUGAAAUGUAAAAUAUUUAUUUAAAUAAAAACUCUAAAUUGAUCAUUCAAUUAUCUUCCCUUAGCUCUAGAGUCUGUGAAAUUUCUUGACCUUGCUAGUUUUUUCAGAAAAUCCCUGACAAAUCUAUUUGUAUAGUUAAGGAUAUUAAGCAGACAAGACUAAGUCCAAGAAACAAUUGUAUUUGUACUUAGUUGUACUUAGGCUACUUUCUUUAGCAUAUGACCAUAAGGAUCUAAAAUAACUACAGGGCUUUUUAUUUACUUUUUGUACAUUACAUAUCUUUACUAGUUUUACACUUACAUAUAGGGACACUCAUUUGUGUAUUUAUUUAUGCACACAGUAUAAAUAAAGCACAAUGUCAAUCUGUUAAAUUUAUGUCUAUGUUGUUGGUUUUGCUUUGAAAUACAUAUGCACAUAAAGUUACAAUUCUUUUUCCACUUUGUUUUAGGAUAAAAGAAAUUGCAUACUCUGUUGAAAUGACUGAAAUACAUAAUUUUGAAUUACAGCAGGUAUAACUGAAGUGUAGACUUUCUAAAGUAUAAAUCUGAACAUAAAGAUAUACAGACGAUAGUUUUAAAAGGCUGGUGCUUUCUUCUGACAGUGUGUGCAUCGCUUCAUUGUGCAUCUGACGGUGCACAAUGUCAGUCUUCAUAUAAAUUAUCAAGAAACUGCUCUGUUCUCCCAUAUGGAAAUAUCUCCUUUUAGAUAAUUCUGUAAUUAAGAACAUUUAUUAAAUACUAAUUAUAUAUAAGAUUCCCACUGUUUAAAGACGCUCACUGUCUAAAAAAUAUGGGAACGGAAUGAAGGAGCCAGAAGGAAACCAGAUGCAGAAUUUGUUGUAUAAUUCAUACACAGCCACUGUAAGAAAAGCAUGCUGGAGGACACAUUUAAGAAAAACAUUUUUAUUUUUAACUGAAAUUAUCAGAGCAUAGCAUUCAUUAUGGAAAUGCAUUCCAUGUAUAAAAGAAUACAAGUUAAAUAGGAAAGAUUUUGGAAUGAAUAAUAAAAAUUAUGAAUGGAAACUUACAGAAAUGGCAAAAGUAAUAAAGUCAGGCUUACG